AUGGAGCGAAAAAGGGGCGAUAAAAUUUCAUUUUAUCGCCAAAAAAGAAAUUUACUCAAAAAUUAUUUAGAAAAUGGGACUAUUACUGCUCGCAAAUAUUUGGGCCUCAAAAAAGAUCUUCUGGAUGAAAUAAAAGAAUCAUUAAGAGCGGAAAUGGUAAAAGAUACAUCCGACCAAGAUGAAUCAUUAAGAGCAGAA